AUGGGUCGCCUCCACCAUGCCGAUCCCCCUGCGUCAUCGUCGCAUUCACUCCAUUCUCUUGACGACGCGCCGCCUCCAUACACAGAUGAUCCCGAACCCAUUCUCGCCUCUAUCCAACAUGCCCAAUCUAUCCAACCUGUUCAGCCUCCCCCAAGCAUCCGACCCCUCCGCCUGAUCGACUCAGCCUACGUUCUCCCCGGUGGCAACGAUGUCAAACCCCACGAUAAGGUCUCUCUCACCCUCGAACCAACGCUCUCAACCGACUCCGAUGAACUCUACGAGGCCAUCCGCCGGCAGAUAAAACUCCCGCCACGGCCACUACUCUACAUUCACGGCACUCACACCGAGUCGAGCAAUGACAACAAGAAUGAAAAAAACAACACCUGCACAGACUUCAAAUUCAAGCUGGACCUAGCCGAGACCAUGCUGACCGGUUGGGAAGGCGGAUCCAUGGAUGCAAACUGGAGGGAAACGGAUAUCCUCGCCGAUGAGGAUCUCACACCAGCAUAUCGGGGAGGAAUCCUACGCUCGCGCACGUACAAGCCGCCCAAGUCGCGUGCUGCUAUCAGUCUUGCCGAAGACAGCGAUGCCCUCCUACCCCGAGAUGAUGCCUAUGAGCAGGAUAAUGCCUCUCCAGAAGUGCAGAACCUGUGGAUGUGGUGCCAACGGUUUUGUCGUGAUCCGGCUUCUGUGAAAUCAUUCACUUUGCAUCGCGAGAUAAAAGGCUUCGACUCCAACGCUAUGCGCAACGUCCUCUCCUCUCACAUCCGCGAACUCAACUACCGCGGCUCCAUAAGCUUUGAUCUCUUUAUCGCCCAACGCUCCGUCACAAUCUACUCUCCGCACUGGAUCAACCGGCUCCGUGCGAACCGUUUCAUCUGGUGGGCUGUCGUCCUUCUCCAGCUCUGGAUCAUUGCCUGGCCGGUUAUUUUCUUCAUGGAGAAGAGAUACGAAGUCGUCCACACGCGCUGGAACGCCUCGCUUAGACCGGAGUCUGACUCUGCGCUGACCAAGUGCUAUGCAUUUGGUCGUGAUGAGUCUUCCUUGGCGGAAUACUGGGCUCCGGCUGUUAAGCAAGCGGCGUGGACUCGGCGGCAGGGUGAAGGUGAUCUUUUGACGAGGAUGGAUGCGGAUCGUUUGCAGGGAUAUAGUACACAACAGCUACUUGGUCUUCGCGGUGCUACUUCGGAUACCGAGACAGAGCGCCGAGAGAGGGUUAAUCGUGGUCAGGGUGGGUUUGUCGAUAAUGUAGUAGGUCUGGUGAGAGGGAUCAGUGAAGCUGGGCAAGAUUGGAGAUUUUCUGCGGGAUGGGGGGCUAACUCUUAG